AUGGGAUAUGGUCCAACUUUUGACCAGAUUGGUGGCAGGCCAGGAGCACAAACGCGGUUCAAGCAGAGAUCAGAUGAUAUGACUGAUAGGAUGCACCAAUAUGUGAUGGGCCUAGAUCGGUAUCUGGUUGAUAAUUAUUUGGAUAGCAGACAACCCACCCAGCUAGCACAGAGUAUGCCUCCACAGUCCUCAAGCCGGACACCAGGUGGUACAGGAUAUUCGGGAGCAGGUCCGAGCUCCAGGGCUUUCAGCUCGCAGCCAGACAGAGGCUCUAGUCAGAUAAGGCCACCCGGGCCUCAGUGUUCUUAUUUUGGCAGGUACCAUCUAGGAGAGUGUUAUCGUGCUAUAGGGGCUUGUUUUUCUUGUAGCCGUCAAGGCCAUGUGGUGAGAUAUUGCCCAUAUAAGGGUAAUUUAUAUGGUACAACUUGGUCUAUCGGAUCAGUUAUUGGGUCAUUGUCUUCUUUGAUAUCUAUGCACCCCAUGGGGCAGAGUGCGUCUAUAUCAGUAGGCCGCGGUAGAGGCCAUGGCGAGAUCUCUAGUUCCAGCGGUCCUUCGAACCGUACUUAUGUUUUGGCCACCCGGCAGGAUCAGGAGGCAUAUCUAGAUGUGAUUACAGAUACAUUGUUGAUCUUUUCCUAG